AAAUCACUUGCGAUCGAGCCCCGGGCCUCCUGAGCUCGCGGGUUUCUACGUCGACAGCCAUUUUCGAGCUCGUAAACGCCGAAGAGACCUGGAACGCUGACUGCACAUUCGAGGAACGCAUCCCGCCGUACGAGCCGCCCGUGGGACCAAGAGGGUGGUCGUAAACCACUAGAAUCUGAUGUGUGCGGUGCAGCGUGCUUUCGCAGCCCAGACAGCUCGCUGCCACGGUGUACGAGCAGCGCUCGGCACCGGGUGCAGGGGGCGCGGCCUGUUCGCCUCCGAGGCCAUUGCGACCGGCGACGCCGUGAUCACCGUACCCCGCGACGUGUGGCGGCCGCUCUCGGCGGAAGCAGCGCGAGACAAGGCGCCGGCGAACAUCGUGGCCGCGCUUCAUGACGUCGACGGCCGCGUGGGCGCCGGCGGCCAGCUCGCCAGGGCAAUGCUUUGCAGUCUAAACGUCCUGGCGGACGCGGACAGCGCCUACGUCACGUCGCUGCCUCCGCCGCCAUCCGUGCCGGUGCUCUGGGACGCGACGCAAUGCGCGGCACUCGAGGCGUCGCCGCUGCGUGCCAAGGCCGCAGCGACGCGGCGGCUGUGGACCGCGUGCCACGCGUCGCUCCAGCUCAAGCUGGACCUCGAGCCGUUCCUCGGUCUCGUGGCCUUGGUCCGGUCGAGAGCCUAUUCGAGGAGACCGGUCUUCACCAUGGUGCCGGUGUUGGAAAUGGCGAACCACGACGCGCAACCGAAUUGCGACCUGCGCUUCGACGAGGCCCAGGGAGCGUUCGCACUUGUCGCCUUGGCGGACGUCGCCGCGGGCGCCGAGCUCACGGUCUCGUAUGGUCCCUUGUCAAACCUGGAAAUUCUCGACGCCUACGGCUUUACGAUCCCGUGCAACGAACACGACGGCCUAUCGUUCGCCGUCGCCGACGCGUCUGCGGACGUGCUCACGGCGGGAUCCCCCCUCGCGCCGGCGGCGCUCAAGCACUAUAGGAGGGCGCGAAUGACCACCGAAGACGGGGUGAACGCCGCGGCGCGCGGCCACGCAGGCUCGGGGGUCGAUUACUCCCGACCGCUCACGCUCCGAAACGAGCGGGCGGCCGUCCGCGACGUCAUAGCGAGCGUCGAGGAGCGCCUCAGCGCGUAUCCAUCGUCGCCGGACGACGACGCGUCGGCUCUCGAAGGCGGGUCGCUCCCGGACUGGGAGCGCGACGCGGUUCGUGUCCGGUUGGGGGAAAAGCUGGCGCUCCUCCAGCAGCUCGAGCGGGCGGCGACGAGCCUCAAGACGAUGAAUUAGUGUAUAAUAUAUGUGUG